AUGUCGAGGUUCGAAGAGAGCGCUUUGCGCAACAGCGCAACGGGGGAUGCCAACCCCUCGACUCUACCGUACUGGCACCCUUCGAGCCAGUUCUCGUCUCUCAUCAACCCUCAGCACGAUGCCAGCAUACACAACGCCAGCGGCAUCCACCAUUCGGACGGCGAGGCUGCAAUCAACUACCCGGCCUUCAACGGGGAGCACCUUCACGAACACGGCAAUCUGGAUUUUGACAUGAGUUCGGCCCAUUCGCAGCUGACCGACUUCAAUCAGGCGGCCCAGGACUUCAACGGCUCUCUGACCGUCAAAACGCCAACGGGAUCACGAUCUAUGAGACGCCCAGGUCUGGCGGGUGCUGCUGCUCUAGUGAACGGCCAUUACUGCUGCCAGUGGUCUGGCAACGGAAUGGCAUGCCGUCAUAAGUUUCUAGAUGCCAAAUCUCUCAAUGACCACAUCCGAACACACCAUGUGCGUGGUGCUGGAACAUUCGUGUGUCAGUGGUCAGGCUGCGACAAAGGCAGCUUUCCAACUGCCAACAAGCUCGUGAGGCACGUGCAUAGUCACACUGGGUACAAGCCGUUUCCAUGUUCGCAUUGCUCGCAAGCGUUCGUGACUAAAGACCAGCUCGACAAGCACUUGACCACGCAUACGGGCGCCAAGGAUUUUGUCUGCACUUGGCCAGGCUGCGGUCGCUCUUUUGCUGUCAAGCAUGCAUUGGAUGGCCAUAUGAACAGCGUCCAUCUCAAAGCCAAGAAGCACAUUUGCCCAUACUGCUUGCAGGCAUUUGACGACUCUUCGAAUCUGUCCAAGCACAAGAAGCAGGUCCACAAUCCAGAGACCGGCAUCAAGUGCCCGGCCAGACACACUCAUGGCUGCACGUAUGUUGACAGUCGCAAGGACAAGAUGAAGGAGCACUGCGAACGCGAUGGACACGGCCUGGAAACUGUCAGAGAUCCUCACGCCUGGAAUCUGUGGGUCCAGCAGUUCAAGACACACUGCAAGAAGUCGCAUUGUCGUCGGCAGUCUGUCAUGAGCGGCAGCCCAAUGUCUCGAGGUUCGAGCAUGUCGGUCCAUUCAUUCGCUGCAAGGCACCGCAACCCGUCCAUCGAGUGCAGCAAGCAAGGUUGCAAUAUUCCUGUUUGCUUGCCAUGCAACAUCCUCUGCAACGACGCUCACUCCGCGCACGAUUCGCUUCCACCGUGCGGUGAGCCUGACUGCGACCCCUGCGAGCCUUGCGAUCCGUGUGAUCCUUGCAACGACCCCGACUGCGAUCUUGUUGAGAGAGAGCCGUGCGGCGUUCCGCCUUGCUCGAUACCACACUGCCGUGGCGGCACCUCGACGCCAUCCCAGCCUGCCACUCCUCAUCUACCGCCAGCCACUUACUUCCAAUACCACCCAAUGUCGACGGCAGAGGAAGAUCUUUUUCAGGACGCUGAGCACCCAUUCCAGUUGAGUGCUGCACGCCUGACGGAGUACAUGUUUAUGAAUGGAUGA